UAUAGCUUCGGCCUUAUAAGAAUAAUUCAAGCCCCUCACCGAUACUCUAUGACUCUCUAGUCCUCGCCGUAGGAAAUCACAGCAAAAUAAAAAAAUAAAAAAUUUUGUUUUCUGGAAACGUCGAGAGCUAGCUAGCUGCAACUCCGUCUCAAUUUCAAUGGCAUCUGCUCAUUCCCUCGCCGCCGUUCCUGUUCUCGCUGCGGCCUCCAACUCCAAGCAAGCAACACUUCCUUCUUCUUCUUCUUCUUCUUCCUAUACUCUCCACUCUCUUUCUUCUCUUCGAUCUAAACCUCGUCAGCAGCACCUCUCCCUUCGCAGUGUCGCCCUCAAAGACAAAGGGGGACCAAAGGCGCAGGCGAAAGAAGCACAAGGAAAUCCAAUUACAGAGGCAGAUGCUUUCAGUAAUGUGAAGCAUCUUCUUCUGCCAGUUAUUGAUCGGAAUCCUUAUCUUUCUGAAGGCACCAGACAGGCUGCUGCUACAACAGCUAGUUUGGCAAACAAGUAUGGAGCUGAUAUCACCGUUGUAGUCAUUGACGAAGAAAAGAGAGAAUCAUCUUCGGAGCAUGAGACUCAAGUAUCUAACAUCCGGUGGCAUUUAUCCCAAGGUGGGUUCGAGGAGUUCAAGCUGUUGGAGAGGCUUGGGGAAGGAAAAAAGGCGACGGCCAUAAUAGGAGAGGUGGCAGAUGAGCUGAGGAUGGAGCUGGUGGUGAUGAGUAUGGAAGCCAUCCACUCUAAGUACAUUGACGCCAAUCUACUCGCUGAGUUCAUCCCCUGCCCCGUCCUCCUCUUGCCCCUCUGAUCCAAAUGCUUAUUUAUAGACGUCCCACUUGUUUUCUUUUCCUUUUUGUUUGGUUGCCGUAGAAGAGCAUAGUAGAAAUGUGUCGAGGUGUGAGAUGCAUGUGUCAAGCAUUUUCUGUCUUAUCAUGGUCAUGCUUGUUGUCCUUUGUUUUCUCCGUUACAAGUCACAUUCUAUCAGAUACUAACUAACGUGUUCUUCGACCACAGAAAAACUCAAAUUAAAGGAGAA